AUGACGUCCUAAGCCUAGGCUGCCUAGGGCGCCCGCUUCCCCCUUUCUUUGGAAAAGUAAACAGACCGCACAGAAAGGCUGCUCCAGGUGAGACCAUCUGUCCAGUCCAUCGUCUGUCGCCACAUCCCCCUGCCGUCCGUUCCUGCCGUCCUUUCCUGUCCUGUUGUCGCUGCCGCAGGCAAGAUGCAUCUCGUGGCGGUGGUCCUCAUCGGCCUCAUAGGCCUCACGUCGGCGGCCGUCCCCUGCAUGAACGCCACUAUCCGCCGGCGCCUUUCGCGUCCCCAUGGCUCCGCGGUGUCCUUCCUCGAUUCAUCGCAUCAGAGCGGCCUCACUUUCAGCACAACAGAUGGUGGGCCACACACGAAAGAUGACCAUAUUUUCCUGCCCGUAUCCUCUCACGCGAGCAGACGAUGACGACACUCGCAAGCAUCGGCGCGAAUACGACCUGUGUAGCAAAGAAGGCACAGACACCCAUCGAGUCUGUCUCACCGAUUCCCCCCUCUAUGGCGGCCAUGAUGACGAUGACGAUGACGAUGACGGUUACCGCCUACGCACGAAAAAGUGGCCGCUACGCACGAAAAAGUGGCCGCUGAAUUGGAGGGCUACGCAAUUUUGCGAGGAGCGCGACUGCUGCUUCGAGGGGCAUCCAGUCGACGGGGAGAGAUGCUUCUUCUCGCGUGAGUAAAUAGAGAUGGGUCGAACACAACACACAUCGCACACACGCACUUGCAGGGUGCCCGCCUUUUCUGGAGCAACAACACGUCAAAGGACUGACGGACCCUGAGGGUGUGACACUCACCUGUCCCGAGAGGCAUGUAUUUUGACGAAUUGUCCUUUACAGACCAUGCGCACGCGCGCGUGUGUGUGUAUGUGUGUGUGUGUGGCGCACGCAGCGUGAGGAAGGUGAAGGGUGGGUUUCACGAUUUACUGACGCCUUUGAUCAAGAAGAGACAUCCUCCGACACCCCCGGAGCCCAUUACAUAUGACAAGGGCGACUGGCGCACUAUUCACUUCCAUCCGAAGCUGAAGCGGCUGCCUGGGUACGUCAAUAAGAAUACCGAAGAGCUUGGCCACUACGGCAACUCAAUAUGUGGCACCGAUGGCACCGGUGGGUGGGUGGGUGAAGCGUGCCUGCAGAGACAGCACUAUUUCAUGACGGACCCGCUAUUCUCCUUUGCAGAUAGAACGUUUUCCACGCACAAUGACGACUUGGAUGUGGUUGUGGUGCGAGUGGCCCAAUUAGUGGAGACCAAACAAAGGCGUCGACGUCGUCAUUAUUACGCCCAAACGAUCUCAAGCGACGACCAUGACGACGAUUACUAUCGACACAAGGACCGUGAUGACGACGACGAUCACCGUCGACCCAUUUUCGAGGUCUCUUCAAAAGAGGGUGUUCAGGUGUUCGGCCAUAGUGCUAUUUGUCUGUUUCCCAGGUUCACAAGAAGGAUCUCCGCCCAUAUGGUCCUUAUGUGAUUGACUUCGAGGUGGAGAUAUACGUCAACCGCAGCGACCCGUACAACGACCAUGACGUGAGAAGCAGCGACGCAACUGGGCUUACGCGUGUAUCUUUCCCUCUUCUCUGUCGUUGCUUUUUAGUUCGCUGACCACGUGACCUACGGUAUGGUCUUGGCUACAGUGAGGUGGUUAGAAGGAGGUGAACCGUGUGCAUUCGAUUUGUGGUGCAGGGUGGAACAACCAAGAGUGCUGUACAGGUACAGGUAGUGAACUCCCUUGCAUUUGUUAUGCGUUUCUUGUGCGUCUGACUCUUGUAACUAGGGAACUGCCCCGCAACAACAUACCUUCAGGGACAAGAUGGCGGCAGUGUCUACUACCACAAGCUAGAAGCGGGGGUGAUAGCAGGUGACUGGGCAACCGUCAAUCUUGCCAGCUGCUGGUAAGCACAUCGGUAUUCCCCUCCACCGCUCGGCAUGUCUCUUGCCUUGAUCCUUGCAGCGAGGAUUACAACAACUACAGAUUCGUCCAGGACGAAUAUGGCAAGGCCGCGCUCUUUUUGUGGAUCGGUGUGAUUGGUAACAAGAAGGGCAGACUGGAGGUGCGCAGCAGGGCGUACAAGCGCAUGGCCGACCAAAACAGCAUCUUUUUCGUUUGUUCAACGACCGCGCCUGCCGAGUGGGAAACCGGGCCCCCGUGCGCCGAGUUCAACCGAUCAGCGAUAGAUUGGCCCCCGCAUUAG